AUGGUGGAUCAGGCAGGUUUCAUCACUUCUAAGUCUGGCCGAAAUAGCCGCCCUCGGCCCACCUCUGAGCCUACAGCCCUGGGCUCGCUCUCAAAGCAAGACAUCUCUGUUCUCAAUGCCGUGUUGACUGCAGGUCUGUAUGACAGCGUGGGCCAUAUCCUCUGCACACCAUCUCUGGACAUUCAGGAACGGGUGGAUUAUGCAGCAGAUCCAGUCAACCAAACAUAUACUGGAGAUUUGCUGGACUUCUCCGCAGACACACAUUUACCACCUAUUGAAUUUCCAGACGACAGAGACUUGGAUACUUCUCUAGAGCUGAGUAGACAGCUUCAAGCCACACUCAGGAGAAAGCAAGAGGAAAUAUCAGCCUUGAGGAACAAAAACACGCAGCUGAGAAAGCUGGCUAAACAAGCUGAGCAUUAUGCCACAAUUCUAGAUGCAUUGACAACAUCAUCCCAGAGAGACUCAUUGUUGUACUCUACACCCUUAAGGACAUUGUCACUAAAAACACACGCCAAGUCAACUGAGGGGCAUUCCACUGGAUCAGAACACUCCUUGAUCUCUCUACUGGCUCAAGAAGAACAAUCGGACCCUUCUUACACACCUUUAACUGACUCUACCAGCACUGAAACCCAUUGUCAAACAUCAGGAGUCAAACGCCAGCUGUGGUCCAGCUGGCAUGACCUUCUCGAUGCAGAUGGUAGCACCCAUAGAGAUGAUGCUGAGGACACCAACUUGAACUAUCAUUCGGGUUCAAAACGGCCCAGGCUUGAUGAUGAACUUGUAGAGCUAAACUUGGAACAUCUGAAAGCACAGCUGGACCUAGACGAAUGGGCUCCUCAGCAACUAAAAGAAGAUUCAGCUCUGACUCAGAGUCUUGAAGACUCCUCUGAAGGCCCGAUCGCAGAGAGGGUGAACAUAUUUGGGGCUUUUCAUGGGCUUCAUGUGGUUGCAGAAACCCCAUCCGUCAAAUCUGGUCUCAACACAAGCGGCGAUCAAGAGAAAGGCAUGUGCUUUAAUAUCUCAAUCAGGGAGCACAGUACUGUAAGGACCAAGGUUUUCCCACACGGAAAGGCAUUCACCUCUCACACACCAAGUGGGUCUUGUAGGUUCCUUUGGGUUCCUAAUGAAGACUAAACAAUCAUAUAGAUCAAAGGAAUUCAGUGGGUAUUACCCUGGUGAAAAGACAAGUUUAGACCAGCAUGAACUCUUUCACUCUGGUUUGUGCUGGUCUAGCUGGUGGAAAGAAAACUGUUAUGUUCUUCACCACCAAAACUAAGCUAAAAAAAAAGUUAAAGCUGCUCUUU